AAUGUGCUACAUUGAGACCUCAAAUCUAGAUGGAGAAACAAAUCUGAAGAUCAGACAGGGUCUACAGAUCACUGCGGAAAUCAAGGACAUUGACCGUCUAAUGCGUCUCUCUGGACGGAUGGAAUGUGAGAGUCCCAACAGACACCUAUAUGAGUUUGUGGGCAAUAUUCGCCUGGAUGGACACAGCACUGUACCACUCGGCCCUGAUCAGAUCUUGCUGAGAGGAGCACAACUCAGGAACACACAGUGGGUCCACGGUAUAGUGGUCUACACAGGACACGACACCAAACUCAUGCAGAACUCCACGUCCCCCCCUCUGAAGCUUUCCAACGUGGAGCGUAUCACCAACUUUCAGAUCCUCGCGCUUUUCGGCUGUCUCUUGGCCAUUUCGUUGGUCUGCUCCAUUGGUCAGACCAUCUGGAAGUACCAGUACGGCAAUGACGCCUGGUACAUGGACCUCAACUGUAAGAACCAGACCCCCUUUCCUUCUGUCAUGCUAGACUGCUUGCUAUGUGUGCUUCCAUUUUUUUUUUAUCGUCAGUAAUU